AUGGCGCAGAGGAAGAAGAAAUUCACCAAGAGGAGGAGACACGGAGCCGAGCCUGACUUUGAGCUGGCUGCUGAAGUUAAGGACGAUGAUUCUACAGGGAGGAAAUUCCCGCGGUUCCCGAACACAUCAGACUGCCUGUCAGAUGUGGAGCCUGACACCAGGCAGCUGGUCAGGGCCCAGAACAAGAAGAAGAAGAAGUCUGGAGGCUUUCAGUCCAUGGGUCUCAGUUACCCUGUAUAUAAAGGCAUCAUGAAGAAGGGUUACAUAGUCCCUACUCCGAUCCAAAGAAAAACUGUCCCAGUGAUUUUGGAUGGCAAGGAUAUCGUAGCCAUGGCGAGGACCGGCAGCGGUAAAACGGCCGCCUUCCUGGUGCCCAUGUUUGAGAAGCUGAAGGCCCCGCAAGCCCAAACAGGAGCCAGGGCCCUCAUCCUGACCCCCACCAGAGAGCUGGCCCUGCAGACCAUGAAAUUCACAAAAGAGUUGGGGAAAUUCACCGGCCUCAGGACUGCCUUGAUCCUCGGAGGAGACAGAAUGGAUGAUCAGUUUGCCGCUCUUCAUGAAAACCCCGACAUAAUCAUCGGUACCCCCGGUCGUCUCAUGCACGUUAUCAGGGACAUGAACCUGAAGCUGCAGGGUGUGGAGUACGUGGUGUUUGAUGAGGCUGACAGGUUGUUUGAGAUGGGUUUUGCCGAGCAGCUUCAGGAGAUCAUCCGGAGGCUUCCAGACACCAGACAGACUCUGCUGUUCUCCGCCACGCUGCCCAAACUGCUGGUGGAGUUCGCCAGAGCCGGGCUGACUGAACCAGUGUUGAUUCGUUUGGAUGUGGAUUCUAAACUGAGUGACCAGAUUAAGCUGUCAUUUUUCCAUCUGCGUGUGGAUGACAAGCAGGCGCUGCUGCUUCACCUGCUGAGGAACGUGGUGAAACCUCAGGAGCAGACGUUGGUUUUUGUAGCCACCAGACACCACGUAGAGUACGUCAGGGAGCUGCUGACUGCAGAAGGCAUAGAGUGCGCCUACAUCUACAGCGCCCUCGAUCAGACCGCCAGAAAGAUCAACAUUGGGAAGUUUGUGCAUCGCAAAGCCAUGGUGCUAAUUGUGACUGAUGUUGCUGCCCGUGGUAUAGACAUCCCCAUGCUGGACAACGUCAUCAACUACAACUUCCCCUCCAAGCCCAAGCUCUUCUUGCACAGAGUUGGCCGUGUGGGACGUGCUGGACGCAGCGGCGUAGCCUGGAGUAUGAUUUGUGCAGACGAGAUGGCUCUUGUCUACGACCUUCACCUUUUCCUCGGAAGACCUGUUCAGUUUGCCACACUCGAACACGCACAAGAUUCAGAUGGUGUGUUUGGUCGGGUCCCUCAGUGUAUCCUGGAUGACGAAGGUUCUCAUCUGGUCACGGCUCACGAGAACUCUCAGGACCUGCAAAACCUGCACCACGUCUCCGAGAACGCCUACUUGCAGUAUCUCAAGUCUCGGCCACACCCCGCACCGGAGUCCAUCAGACGGGUCAAGAACACAGAUCUGUCCAGCAUGGCUGUCCAUCCGUUACUGGGGUCGGGUUUGGAGAAAAUGGAACUGGAGCGCCUUCACAUAGUUGAUGCCAUCAAAGGCUACAAAUCCAAAUCAACUAUCUUUGAAAUCAACUCUACCAGUAAGACCCAGGCGGGUGAGGUGAUGCGGGCCAAGCGCUCCAAGGACACGCGGCUGGUGAACAAAUUCAGCAAAAAGAGAGACAACAUGGCUGCAGAAAGUCUGCUACACCAGCCCGCCAACCCCACCGCCACCACCACCACCACCGACAUGGAUAUCACACACAACACAGACGAAGAAGAGGACGAGAUAAAGGGGGUGUUCUCUGCAGUGGUAGGUGGAAAAAAGAGAAGGCUGCAGGAAGAUGGGGAAGAGCGACAGAAGGACAAGAGAAGCAGACAGUCGGGCAAAGAUGAGGAGUAUUACAUCCCCUACCGACCCAAAGACUUCAACUCUGAGAGAGGGUUAAGUCUAGGCAAAGAGGGCACCGCCUUUGAACAGCAGGCGUCCUCCGCCGUCCUGGACCUCAUGGGAGACGACGGAAACAAGCUAAACCAGAACAAGAACAUGAUGAAAUGGGACCGUAAGAAGAAGCGCUUUGUGAGAGAAACAGGAGGAAAGGACGACCAGAAGAAGAAGCUCAGACUAGAUGGUGGACAGACCAUCGACAACAAGAAGAACAGGAAGAACCAUUACGAGGAGUGGAAGAAAAAAUACAGGGUCGAUGACGGAGGAUCUGGCUCAGAUGGGGAAAGAGGAGGAGGACGAGGAGGGAGGAGGCCAGGAGGAGGAAGAGGAGGAGGAGGGGGAGGCCCAGGCAGAGGUCGUGGUCGUGGCCGUGGUCGUGGUGCUAACUUCCAGAGCCCAGCGGGACAGCAGAUGACGCCCGGCGGCCUCAAAGUGCGCUCGGAGCUGAAGACGAGCGACCAGAUCCUGAGGCAGCGCAAGAAAGAUCAGAAGCAACAGUUCCUGCAGGGCGGAGGCCUGAAAAACCUGCGUACCAAGAACAAAAAGUAUCUCGGUGAAGUUAAGAAAUCAGGCUUCGGACGGGGUGGUCAGAAGAAGGGUAAGAUGAGGAAGAGACUCUAAGGAGGACGCAGAGGGAGAACUGUCACGAUGGAGUGAGAUGAAGUGGCUGGAUGAUGAAUACAAUCUUCUUCCCAAACCACCUUGAAUAACGUCAUUCAUGUUUGUGGAUUUAAAGGAGAAGACAAGUUGAGGAAAGCAUCUCUACACUGUAGAGUUUAACAACUGAACUCUAAAUUUGCCACAGAGUAUUUACAGGAAUGAUCCAGUGAACUAGAGCUCCCUGUUUUAUGCGUGUUGGCAGAUUAAUGUAUUUGAUUACUGAGAUAUUUCUAUACACAUUAUUAACUGAUGGCAAAAUACAGAUGUGAAUACAACAAUGUUCUGUGUCUUCAUUUGCAGUUUUUUUAUUUUGUCAGUUCUAUACAAAUGCUUAUUAAGGCCAUUGUAAGUAAAAAAAAUAAAUAAAAAAAAUAAGCCGGGAGAGGGGGGCUAUUUUCUGAGUUUUUCUCGUAAAUUUGCUGCUUUUAUCUCCGAGAAUAUCAGUUUAUUCUAGUAAAUGUACAACUCUAAUCUCAGAGAAUAUCUGAGUUGUUUUUUUGUAUUAAUUUCCGAGAUUAAAGGCGUAUAUUUACGAGAAAAAAACUUGGAUAUUCUCUGAGAUUGAAGUGGCAAAUUUACGAGAAAACCCCCACAAAAUUUGUGAGAUUUGAAGGUGUACAUUUACGAAAAAAAUCCGAAAAAUAAUGAAGUGCAAUCUCAGAAAUUCUGAGUUUAAUCUCGGAAUAUUAACCCCCCCCCUCCCCCAACACCGUAACUAUUUUUAUUUGUUCCCUAUAUUGGCCCUAAUACGCCGCUGUAGUUGCAUACUAAUACAUACAUAUUACAACAACACAAGUAUGUUUAUGAUGUGACUUUCCAAAAUAUUGACAUUUUCAUUCUUGAAGCUGUGUUUCUUAUACAGUAAUCUACUAAACUGCGCUGCACCAAAUGUAUGAGGAGGGACUCUGAUAUAUAGACAAUACUGGUUCUGGUCCAUCACUUUUAAAAAGCAGGAAUGUGUCUGGAAGAAAACCUUUAAGAUGUGAGAAACUCUGGCUACAUAUGGUAUGACAAUAUAGCUCUAUUAAACCGGUUUAUAGUAUCA